AGGUGUCAUUAGUGGGGUGGGAAAGGGCAUCAUUGCCUCUUCCACGGGCCUGCUGAUCAAAAUCGAUCCCUAUCUCAAUGUCGAUGCAGGGACCAUGAACCCGAGAGAGUGGGUGGUGCAGAAAUCGUUGCAUGAAGGAUGUGCACUUACGGCUACAGACAUGGCGAAGUCUUUGUUCUCGACGACGGCGGCGAAGUGGACCUCGAUCUCGGCAAUUACGAACGCUACCUAAACAUCACCCUCACCCGCGAAAACAACAUCACCACCGGAAAAAUUUACAAGCAUGUCAUCGAACGCGAGCGGAAAGGUGACUAUCUGGGCCGGACGGUGCAGGUGGUUCCACAUAUCACCGAUGCGAUUCAGGAUUGGAUCGAGAGGGUCGCCAGGAUCCCGGUGGACGACACCAAGGAGGAGCCGGAUGUCUGCAUCAUCGAGCUUGGUGGGACGGUCGGAGACAUUGAGAGCAUGCCGUUCGUUGAAGCCCUUACCGCACUCCGCCGAAGGGCCGGGAAGGACAAUUUCAUGCAAAUCCACGUGUCUUACGUGCCAUUGAUACAUGGCGAACAGAAGACGAAACCCACGCAGCACACCAUCCGCUCCGUUCGGAGUGCCGGUCUGAUUCCGGAUUUGAUCGCGUGCCGAUGCGAACGAGACUUAGAACCGUCGGUCAUCCAGAAAAUCGCACACUUCUGCCUGGUUGAUGUCGAGCAGGUCAUUGUGGUUCGAGACAUGCCCUCAAUAUACCAAGUUCCCGUGCUGCUUGAAGAGCAAGGGUUGGUUCCUCUUCUUCGAGAAAAGUUGAAGUUCAACAACGCUACGAUUCCUCCAGCACUCCUUACACGCGGUCAACGAACAUGGACACAAUGGAAAGGGUUGACGGUUGGCAACCAUCAAUUCUACGAGAAGGUGGAGAUAGCCCUUGUGGGGAAAUACACCGAGCUGCACGACUCAUACCUGAGCGUCAUCAAGUCUCUGGAGCAUUCGGCGAUGCGCUGUAAGCGACAGCUCCACAUCAUCUGGGUCGAUUCCGAACAUCUAGAACGGGAAACGCGCGAGUCCGACCCUGCCAAGUUCCACAAGGCAUGGCACUCCGUCUGCACGGCCGAUGGAAUCCUGGUUCCUGGAGGAUUCGGGAUCCGCGGGACAGAGGGUAUGAUCGCGGCAGCCAAGUGGGCUCGAGAGAACAAGACUCCCUAUCUCGGCAUCUGCCUGGGAAUGCAAAUCGCCGUCAUCGAAUUCGCCCGGAAUGUAUGUGGCAUCACACAAGCUACCAGUGAAGAGUUCAAACAGAGCGUGUCGGAAGAGAAUCAUCUCAUUGUCUUCAUGCCGGAAAUCGACAAGACGACCAUGGGCGGCACUAUGCGAUUGGGCAUUCGUCCGACUCUAUUCCAGCCCGAUACGGACUGGAGCAAGAUCAAGGCGCUUUAUGGCCAUCAGAACUCAAUCUCGGAGCGUCAUCGUCAUCGUUACGAGGUCAAUCCGAAGAUGGUCGAGAAGCUUCACGAUCAGGGUCUCAAUUUCAUCGGUAAGGACGAUACGGGCGUGCGAAUGGAGAUCAUCGAGCUCAAAAAUCAUCCGUGGUUUGUUGGCGUGCAAUUCCAUCCGGAGUAUCUCAGCCGUGUCCUGGAUCCAAGCAAGCCGUAUCUGGGGUUCGUGGCAGCAAGCGCUGGCUGCCUGGGGGAGAUUACGAACGGGAUCAACGCCGCGAAUGCGUUGGAAAACGGUGUGGACGGAAUCAAGUUGGAUGAUGCAGGUCAUUUCUGAGCUUGAUUACGUUUCAAAGCAUGCAUAGAUUGGCGUAUGGAGUGCAUUGUAAUAGAAUGAAGAUGAUCACGAAUAUGGACAGCUUGGACAUCCUGGUCUCUCGGAAGAUAGAGGUUGGUUAACCUCAUUUCUACGCGCUUUACUUGAGAGACAGCAAGUUUCAUUCCCGAGUAGAUUUAGUAGAUUAAUGCGAUAUCUCGGCCUUCGGGUGCAGAUUCGGGUG